AUGUCUAUCCCCGGGCUUAAAGAUAUCUCUACGCUCGACAAUGCCUGCACUGUCAUUGUCGACGAUACAUUAUACUCUUACUCGGACAAGGGAUUUGGGGCGUUGCCUUUGCAUGAUAGUACGCAAUGGAAACCCCUCAACACUGGUGUCAAGGUAACAGGACCCUCAUGCACUGGCAAGAAGCUGGCCGACAAAAAUGCAGCAUCUCUACUAGUAGUCGGUGGCUACAGUGAUGAUAAGAGCUAUCCCGGCUUGCAGGAAUACACGUUUUCUACUGACACGUGGAAAACUCUAACGCCCCUGACGAUGGACUUGCAGAACCGCCGUGGUCAUAGUGUCGUCUAUAACGACGCUUCUGAUACCAUUGUCGUUUUCUCUGGCCUCAAGUCGGAUGACCCAAAUGCUGUCGCGGGUGCUUCCCAAGAGACGCACAAAAUCCAGAUGUCAGGAGACCAACCACUUCGAGUCAUGUCGGCAAACCCCCCGCGCUCUGGCAGGGCUGGUGCGGUGAAGCCUAUGCUUUUCCCCUGGGCUGGUGCUGAUAUCGCCCUGAUCUCUGGCCCCGCAGACGAUGGAACUGUCUGGCUCAUGAACGCAGACCCCAAUAAUAACGAUGGGUGGAGACCGGUUGGAAGCGUUAAAGACUCAUGGCCGUCGGAUUCUGCCGCAGUCCGUGGCACACUGGUCGCCAGCACCAGUGACAGCUCACUCAGUCUUCUCAAAUUCGACUUGAGCCGCUCACCCAAUGUUGUGACGCGUAUACCCUUGGCCAAGGCCCCCAACCAGGCCAUGUAUGGCGCUACUCCUGCGACAAAGCGCAGUGUCGAUUUUGGAUUCGGGAACUGGCCUGAAUAUAACAGCACAAACGCGCCGGAUGCGACGAGAAACGGCUACUCGGUGGCCCAAGGCGCCAAUGGCAUGAUUGUCAUGUCCGGAGGCAACACCAAGGAACCUGUUGCCAUUUUCAACGCCCAAAAGAACAGCUGGGUCAAUGCCACCGACCUUCUUGCGGACGGCAAACAGAAGAUUCUCGCCUCUUCCUCAUCCACGACGACCUUGACCUCAACGACAGCGUCCUCUACGUUUGCCACUUCGAUCAUUACGGCCACUUCAACUACCGCAACACCCACUGAAACUGGCCCUGUUACCUCACCCGCAAAGCACGGCCCCAGCUCCAAUGCCAUUCUUGGCAUCACCUUGGGAACUAUUGCGGCAUUUCUCGCCAUCCUCCUUUUCAUCCUGCUUCUUCUGAAGCGCCGUAAACGCCGCACGAAUCCUAACCAGGGCGCUGUUCUCAACCCUGACGAGAAGGAUAACAUUGCGUUUGCCAAGAGCGCGCAACCUCCUGUCUCGCACGUCAACUACCGCGGCCACAAUCCUACUCUCUCCACCGAAUCGUAUUCUUCUGUCGCCAUCCUUAUGGGCCGAAUGGGACCCCAGAAGCAAGUUGGUGCUACCGGGAAGAUGUCGCGAUCGUCAUCGAGAAGCUCGACCAGCUCUGUGCAUAAGCAGUUCAAGAGCACCAUCAGCAAGCCCAUUCCCCAGCCAUCGAACAACCCGAUGCUGCAGGCUCACGAUGACAGAGGCAUCGUUUUCGACCCCACUGUCGCUGCCGAGCCCCGUCCACGCAAUGUUGAGCUGACGUCGGCGCGGGAUGGCACGCGGCGCAGCUCUGGAUGGAACAAGUACUGGUCAGGAGGAAGCGCGCUACAAAUUCUAGGCUACGGAAACAAGCGUGCGACAGUCACCUCAGAGCGUAGCUCGCGUUAUUCGGAGUCCACAUCGGCCAAUAACAAUGUCCGUGCGACUCAGGAUUCCGCCACAGUGCCGCCUCUCAACUUUGAGUCCCCGCCUGAAGUGAAUAGCGUCAACACCGGAAGCCCGGUUGUAUCGCAAUACGUCAGCAAGGUUCCGACUGAGGGCCUUGCCGGCACAAUUGAGCGCCCCGUCUCGCCGCUGUCGACCGCUUCUGGCUACUCGAGCGGAGUUCCAGAGAGCAUCAAUGAGAUGUUUAGAAACUCUAGCGAGAACAAGCCUUGGGGCCAAGACCGUGCCCCAAGCAGCAUAUACCAACAUCGCCGAGAAGAGUCGGCGACUGCUGCACCACAGAGCUCCGGAGUGAGCCACCAACCACAACUUGCCAUGGCAGCCACCUCGUCAGACAUGAGCUGGCUCAACCUGGGCGACCAGAACCGUAAAUAA